AAACGGAGCCGAUCGUUUAACCUAUUCUUCCAUGGGGCUUUGUUUGAGGUUAACUGUACUUGAUUCCCACCCUUGCGUCCUUAUUCGCGCGCCACCUGGCCCCGUCAAAUCCUGCGCUCCGAGUAGAUCCUUACGCCUUUCUUUUUCUCCUCCCCAUCUCAUCCAUUACACUUGACCUCAGGAUGGUGGGCAGAAGAGGAAAAAGAGGUGUCGGUGCGGCACAUACUCCUAGCCUGGCUACGCGAUCCCUAUCUACGCGUCGUGCAUCAGUCUCUGUCUCAACACCAACGCCCCGCGGGCGUGGGGGUGGACGCGGGAGAGGUCGCUGGGCUAAUCGUUAUGCUCGCGGUGGUCUCCCAGCACCUGUAGUGACACGGGAGGAAUCCCCCAUUUCUCAUUCACUGAUCAUCAAGUUGAGCAUUCCCGGUGACAGGCUCGCUGAAUUCGCGGGCGAUGCCUCACCAGAAGAUGAUGAGCCCUCAAUGGCUCUGUCAGAAAUGAAUGGUAAAAUUCCGACGACUCCGCGUCGGCGCUCCAAGCGGGCCCUGGCGGUCCCCGAAUCAUCCAGGGAGACUCGCUCAGCUCGCCUCACAGCUCGUCAGUCAACUCGACAGAAGGGCCCCGGGGAUGACCUCGAACAUCCCACUCCCAGCAAGGAAAUGGAAGGAAUUGAACAUGACGACAUGCAGAAUGGCGAGUAUGAGACGCAGCAGAUCACGAAAGCGUCUCAAACGCCUGAAAUCCUUGAUACGUCUAAUCACCAAGAAAUUGAUGAUCCUCAUCAGACGGAAGAUGAGCCUGAAUCGUCCGCAUCAACGAAACCAUCUUCAGAUGAGGCUACUCCUGAGGUUUCCAAUGUGAACAAAGAGUUCACUUCACCUCGCCUGUCACGCAAGCGCAAGUCAAUUGAAAUGAAAGAUGAGACUCAAUCUCCUGAUCCCAUCCCGAAAAGGCCCAAGCUUGAGGAGGCCGAAGCUACCCCAGAGAGCACUCUCCAGAAUGGCAUGCACACGACAUCCCAGGAAACCACCCCGGAAGACGCGGCUAUGGCGGAUCCUGAUGUUGAACCCCUUGUUGCCGCGCCUGCCAAAAGAGGUGGCCGUGGUCGUGGCGGAUUUCGGGGACGGGGCCGCGGUCGAGGCCGCGGUCGUGGUAGUCGUGGCGGUGCCAUUGGGCCCGUUCGCUCGACGGCAGCCCGUGCAGGUCGUGCAGGCCGAGGAGGCCGCGGAAGUCGAGGAGGACGUGUUCGUGCAAGUGCGACUGCAAUUCGACGAGGCGGUAAGAGAAUCGAAGAUGAAAUCUGGGAUAGUGAAAGUCGACGACGAUCCCCUUCUCCCAUUCCCCUCACUCAACCUAUCAAGGAUCGCCAAGAGGAAUUAUCUGUUAUUUUCAAGAAAGUGGGACAAGUCCAGCAAUUGGCAUUGGCUGUACUCGCCGACCAUUCCAUGCAGAAGAUUGCCAAGGAUAAGAAUGCCCACAAAGACUGUCCUGAAUGGCCUCAGGUGCAAGUGGAACUUGCGGAGUUUGAGCGAAGGGCCAUGAAACGCCUCAAGGCUGAUUAUGAUUGCAAUGUGAAAGCUUCGGAGAGGGUUUAUCAGGGUGAGAUCCAUGCUGUUGAGCAUCGAACCAAGGAACAAAUUACAAACAUACAGGACGAACUGUACUACAUCGCCCGGGGAAAGUUUAUUGAAUUGGUCGCAGGCCAACGGGUUGCCGAAGAUGAUGAGCACACUGAGACUGAUGGAUCAGACCCCGAUGCCGAAGAGCCGCAAUAUCUAUUCCGGAUCGGCAAGCCUGGAAUCAAGGAAGUCCAGCGCGGUUUCUUCUCUGAACAUGCGCGAACACCAGAGGGAGCCGUUGCUUAUUGUCGCGGCAUGGAGACUUGGGAAGACUUCAUGAUUCAAGUCCGUAUGGGUGUCGAUGUCAAUCCACAGAUCCGAGCACUGAGCUCAGGAAAUGAUGCCGAGACCCAAAGCCUGGUCGACCAGUCCAUGCAAAUUCUCCUAGAGGCAUCCAAGACUGUCGGCGAGCAAGACGUUGGCAGCAGGAUCAACUCUGUUGAUGGAGCAGCGGAGCCUGUUCCUCGAGCAUUGUGCGCGUUGGCUGAUAUCGCUCUCGCGGAGCCGAUGCCAACCCAACUGCCUCAGAUGCGAACAGACCCUAAUAUGCCACCCUCUCACCGGCCUAUUUUGUCUCAGCCCUCGCAAGCGCCCCCUCCACCCCCGAGCAUGAGCCAUGGCCCGACUGAUCCUCGGUCGUUUAUUUUGCCUCGUCCAACUCCAACCCAGCAACCUCGUCGCCUACUCCCCGCACGAGGGCAACUGGGUCUUCCUGAUCCGUUUUCCUCUAUGAAUGGACCUCCUCAACUGCCACCACCUCCGGGUUCUAACUUUGCGCGUCUGCCGCUUCCAAAUUACUUGUCUCCCCCCCGGGCCUCAUUCUCACGGGCCCCCUCCUCCAGGUCCCCACACACAUGGACCUCCCCAAGGCCCUCCAGGUCCCCCUGGACCGCCUUCUCUCUAUUUCCCAUCACCUCACGGACAUGGGCCUCCUCCACAUGGACAUGGGCCUCCGCCACCUCGCCGAUAUUAAAUAUGAAAGAUUGA